AUGAGGGUGGUAAAUGCGGUGGAAGCUUUGGCCGGACAUCCGAAUUUUUCGAAGACUGCGAUUGAAGAUUUUCGGACAAAAUGGGAUGAUUACAUGAAAACAGACGCUCAGAAACUCGACAAAACUCUCCGAGAAAGCGACGCAAAACAACCUGACACGAACUAUGUCAACAAGCCCUGGACUCAAAUGUAUUUGGCCGACAGAAGGCCACUCCCAUUCAAUUACAAUCCAGGGGUCGCCAUUUGUGACGUAACUGGUCCCAAUGAUCGGCCAAACCAACUCGUUCGCGCUGCUCAAGUCAUUUGGGCAACGACAAAGUAUCAUUUGACGAUGAAAGAUGGUUACAUGGAGCCGGAACUGGCCAAUUUCGGCGGCCCUCCGACCAGCAAAAUGAAUCUUUUGUCCCGAGCGCUUCCGAAUAUUAGAAUCUCAAAAGGAAAGAUCAAAAAUCAAAGCUUGAAAUACCUUCCUUAUGCUCAAAACAACGCUUUUCCACUUGACAUGGCGCAGUAUCCUGAUUUGUUGUUCACAACUAGAAUUCCACAAAAAGGACUGGACAGAAUUUAUCACACAAAUUGUCCUUCAAACCGUCACGUGCCGAAGGGUCGAUUCUACAAAAUCGACGCAAUCACUCCUUCUGGUUUUCCAAGAGACGAAUUAGAAAUCUACGCCGAUUUGAAAGAAAUCCUCGCGCAUGGAGAAAACCUCGAAAAUGAUGAAGCUUCCAUCGCUGCUUUCACUUCUGCUGAGCGAGACAGCUGGGCGGAGAUCAGGGAAGAAAUUCUAGAGAACGAUAAUAACAAGAAAGCAAUGGAGAUGAUUGACAACUCGAUGUUCGUUCUAGCGCUCGAUUCUAGAGCGUACCAAUCAGCUGACGAGCUUCUCAGAGAAGGAAUCGGCGGUCCAGCAAUCAAUAGAUACUAUGACAAAUCCCUUACCAUCGUCAUUGGAGAAUGCGGCAUGCCAGUCAUAAAUUUCGAACACGCCUGGGGCGAUGGAGCAGCGGUCCUGUCUUUCAUGACGAAAAUGAAUGCCUAUGUCAAGGAUUCGCUGAAAAAUGGCGACUGUAUUCUUACGAAUGACAACUGCUCUAGUGUAAAGAACAGCGGAAAUCUGGAACUUCUAAGUUUCGAGCUCGAUGAGAAAAUAAAGACUAAAGCGAGAGAAAUCGCAAAAGAGCAUGAUGCGAAAAACUCUAGAUUGGAAAGCAAGCAUUUGUUGCUUGGAAAUGCUCCAUUGACAAAUGUCGGACAGUACUGGAAGGAGGGAGAUUUUCAGAGCGGAGAAGAUCAAGGCCUUCAACGAUAUCAACCGCGUUUGGAUGAAAAAGUGAAGAUCGGCGCUGAUGGAUUCCUUCAACUCGCACUCCAACUUGCUGGGCGAAAAUACUAUGGACACCCAGUUUCCGCUUAUGAAUCCGCUUCGACGUCUAUGUUCAAAAUGGGCCGAACAGAAUGCAUCCGACCAGCAACAAAAGAAGCACAAGCUUGUUGCGAAGAAUAUCUUAGAGAAAAUAUCGACAAUCAAAAAUUCGCAGAACUCAUUAGAGCUGCUAUUAAAAGGCACAAUCAGCAGACAAAGGAUUGCCUCGGCGGAAACGGUUGGGAUCGGCAUAUUUUUGGACUGAGAGUUCAACAUGGAGAGCAGCAAGUUCCGAUGCAUGAGGUUUUCGGAACAGAAGUUUUCGCGGGACUCUAUGACUUUCCGAUUUCUACCUCAACUCUCAACUCGGAUAACAUUUCAACUGGUGGUUUUGGUCCGGUGACGCAAAAUGGCUUUGGAAUUGGUUAUAUAAUCAGAAAAGAUUGGAUUGCUGUCACUCUUUCCGGCUUCAAGGUAAAGAAAAAGCUUGGAAAUAGAAAAAACGGACAAAAUAAGGACCAGGGAGCUGAUGUUCAAGAAUUCGCAAAACUCGUCGAAGAAGCCUUUCUGACAAUGAAAACCGCAAUCGAUUCAACAAUGGAGAGUUAA